GUAGCUGUAAACAAUUGCUAUUGGUGCUGGUUAUUUUACUAACAGAAGUUGUUGAUCAUUUGUUGUUGUGAUUUCAGCGCCACACAAACAAAAGACUUCAAUGUGUUUUGACCCCCAGCCAAGUCAAAAGUCUGCCCCUUUGGUGUCCCCUUCCUUCUAUUUGCCUAUUUAGCAUUACAAAAUUGUGUGCUGCUGCUGUUUUUGUAUUCUUUUGUGUCGCACACCUUUUGUGAAUUAUUUUCGCUGUCGUUCGUGCUUUUUCCAACGUUCUCUUUCAAUUUAAUGAAUCGCGCUGGUCGCUGGUCUGCUGGGCUGACUACCGUGCGAGCGAACGAGAGAGCAAGAUGGAGAGAAGUACAGCUGGGCUGCAGUACUCAUAGUUACAGUUAAAGCUCUUUUUUGGGAUGGGUUUUGGGUUUGUUGUUGGUGCCUCGCGGUCGCCAGUUCACGUUCGCGCUUUCAAUUCGCUUUUCAACAGUUGUUUUCAUUUUCGUUUUACGCUUCAUUUGCGUAACGUGCAGCUGUGUGAACGGUGACUGUGAAUAUCGCUGUCCCUGUCCCUGCACUUGGAGCAAUCAUGCUUCAAUGCUGCCCUCAUCGUCGCCAUCGUCAUAUUCAUCAUCGUUGUACACAAAACGCUUAACUAAAUCGCUAUAACACGGUGUUUGGGACUCCUUCUUCUUAAACUAAACGUAGACCAAAUUUGAACUCUCCUCGUAGUAACAUUAACCCUCUAACAAAUCCCAUAAACAACAAAUAAAAGUAAAAUAAAGUAAAGUAAGCAGCUGGUGCCGGGUGCAGCGAUAGCCAUAAGACUUAACUCCCAGCAUGGUGCGCAGUCGUCGCAGUCUCUCCAAGGAGGAUGCCGCAUCUCUGCUCACCGACAGCGGCAUCUCGUUGUCAUCGCCGCCGGCGGCACGCGAAUCCUCGCCCACAACAACGUUACCACCGAUACCGAUAAAGCGACGCAAGAGCAGUCUUGCCAGUCUGCAGGAUUUGUUUGUGACUGGCGCACAGGAUUCCACAGAUGACGAUGACGAUGAUGCUGGUGAUGAGGGUGAUGCCGAAACGGACGCAGACUAUGUGCAACCGGAGCCCAAGAAAUCGCCACGCAAGGCGGACACAACGAAACGAAAGCAACACGUGUGCAGUCAUUGCUCCAAGGAAUUUGGUGGCAAGACGGAUCUGUUGCGCCAUGUGCUCAUCCACUCGGAUGAGCGGCCACACAAAUGCACGGAAUGCGGCAAAUGCUAUCGCCAGGCGGUGAAUCUCAAGAAUCACAUAACCACCGCCCACGAGCACAAGAAACAAUUUGCCUGCACCGCAUGUCCCAAAACUUUUGCUCUCAAGGAGCGUCUGAGACUGCAUAUGCGACUGCAUUCAGGCGAAAAACCGUAUCCAUGUGCGCUGUGCGACAAACGCUUUGCCCGCGGAGGUCAACUGCAGCAGCACAUGGUGUCGCAUCAUAAGACGAGUAUACAGCAAUUUAACUGCACCAAGUGCUCGGCCAGCUUCUCCACGAAUGCCAAUCUUCGCGUGCACAUGGAACGCCACGAACAGGGCAUGGAACACAGAUGUACCAUCUGCGAGAGUCAGUUUGCCAACGAAUUAGCGCUGCGAGCACACAUCAAUCAGGAGCAUCACAAGCUCAGCCGUUUCGAUUGCGAGAUAUGCCACAAAACCAUUGAGCCGGAUGAGGAUCUGGCCACGCACAUGCAGAAACAUGCGGCAGUCAAGACGCACGUCUGCGAAGUGUGCAAUUCGUAUUUUACACAAAAAUCCCAGUACAAUGUGCACAUGCGGAUGCACACAGGAGAGCGUCCCUAUCAAUGUCGUAUCUGUCAUCAGACCUUUGCCCACUCCAGUGUGCUGAAGCUGCACAUACGCAAGCACACGGGCGAGAAGCCGUUUCGCUGUCAGCUCUGUACGGAUGAGGUGGCCUUUUCGCAGCUGGCGCAUCUCAAGAACCACAUGAAGAAGAUACACAAACAACAGAAGCCCUACAUGUGUGAAGGCUGCCACGAGUUCUUCAAGAUCAAAGUGGAACUGCAGGCGCAUGCGGAGCAGUGUGCCAAGUGCAAAGCUACGCAGGAUGAGCCCAACGAUAAUCAGACGGAGGAUGCGCAAACAUUGUCCAGCAUACGCUUCAAUAUGGCUGUGGUGCUGAAGAAGAUUAGCUCGGCACAAAAGCUGCGACAACUGGGCUACGAGAAACGUCUGAUUGAUAAUGUUAUAAUUGCAUCGCUGAAGUUAGCGCAGCGGCCAUCGCAUGAUGAUGCAGCGCUGACACCGUUGGCCAGACUGCGCUUAAAUGUUGAGGAGUUCCUCAAGUGGAUUGUGCCGGCACCCACAAUGCAAAAGUUUAGCGAGGAGUUGCUCUCGAUCGAUACAAUACUCGAUAAGAUUGCGACGAUGUAUAUGAAGCAAAAGUAGAAGCUGUUGAAGUAGUGAAAUACUUUCGCGAGUGAUUGUGCCAUAGAUUUAACACAUUUUAGAAUUAGUUCUUGCCAUUUAAUUUAGCCCAAGAAAUCCUAACAAACGUUGCAACCAAAUGAUUUAGCCCAAAGAUAUAAACACUUUAAGCACUGAUUUAUUAUGUGAAUUUACCCAACUUUAUUAUUUUUAAGCUUAGUUUUGCUAUAACCAAAAAAAUGAAGAUACAUGAAGUAACAACUUGCCAGAGCAGUGCUUAAACUUUAGAUUAAGUUCUAAUUUAAUUCAAUGUGGCCAUGCAGAAUUAUUUACAUGAGUGUGUAAGCCAAAUGCAUUUUGUACAACCUCAUUGUAAUUAGUUUUAAACUGUGCACAACCAUUUAACAAAACCAAAUAUCGAAUUCAACAAUUACAUAUAAUGCAAAAGUACAAGUUAAGAAAUGCAAACUGUAAGUCAAAGAAAAACUUGUAAAAAAACGAAAAUAAAUGAAGUUAAAAAUGCAA